CCAAAAAAUAAAUAAUACAAUAAAAUUGUGACCACCUCAGUGGCUUAAUCAAAAAGAGGCAACAUGACUGAAAAGGCAUUAUGUGAUUCAAUGUUCUUUAAAGCCAAAGCCAGAACCUACAGAGGGGCAUCAGGUGAACACCAUCUAACAUCAUGUCAAUGUAGCCCAACCAUCCCAGCUUUGGGGAAGCACUUCUCUGUCCUUCGUGAUUGGGCCCCGUGUCCAAGUAGGAGCCAAGACUGAACCACAGACUUCCUGACUCCCAGGCCAGAGCUCUCUGAGGGUGGGGUCUUCACCUCAUGCUGGGAUGGGGCAUGACCAGGUCUGCUUGUCUUCUCUUUCCAGAGAUGGAGCAGAAGGAAGGGAAGCCCUCUGGGGAUGGGACCACCGUCUCCCCAGCUGCAGGCAACCCUGAGAUAUCAGGAGGUGGAGCCCCUGCAAAGGAGACCAAAGGCACAGCUGGAAAGGCCAUCAGUGAGGGGCCUCCCGCUGAGUCAGGAAAGCAGGAAAAGGCACCAGCCGAGGAUGGCAUGUCAGCGGAACUCCAGGGGGAAGCAAAUGGAUUAGAUGAGGUCAAAGUGGAAUCUCAGAGGGAGGCUGGUGGGAAAGAGGACGCUGAGGCUGAACUUAAAAAGGACGAUGGUGAGAAGGAAGAGACCACUGUGGCUUCUCAGGAGACGACUGGCAGGAAAGAAGAGACCAAAUCUGAACCCAAGGAGGCUGAGGAAAAGGAGGAGAGCACGCUGGCCUCUGAGAAGCAGAAGGCUGAGGAGAAAGAGGCCAAACCUGAAUCUGGGCAGAAAGCCGAUGCCAACGACAGAGACAAGCCUGAGCUUAAGGCAACAGUUGAGGAGGAGGAGGCCAAGACAGCCUCUCAGGAGGAGACAGGCCAGAGGAAGGAGCGCAGCACUGAACCCAAGGAGAAGGCUACUGACGAAGAGGCCAAAGCUGAAUCGCAGAAGAAGGCUCUUGUGGAGGAUGAGGCUAAGGCUGAACCCAAGGAGCCCGAUGGGAAAGAGGAGGCCAAACAUGAUGCAAAAGAGGAGGCUUAUGCAAAGGAGGAGGCGGAGGAGGCAGUGAGUGAGGAGCCAGGCAGUCCCAGCGAAGAGCAGGAGCAGGACGUGGAAAAAGAGCCAGAGGGAGGGGCAGGGGUGAUUCCCAGCUCCCCAGAGGAGUGGCCUGAGAGCCCCACUGGGGAGGGGCACAACCUCAGCACAGAUGGGCUGGGUCCAGACUCUGUAGCUUCCGGAGAGACUAGUCCUUCAGCCAGUGAGUCUUCACCCAGCGAUGUGCCCCAGAGUCCCCCUGAGUCCCCUCCCUCAGGGGAGAAGAAGGAGAAGGCACCAGAGCGCAGGGUAUCAGCCCCUGCUCGGCCCCGGGGGCCCCGGGCACAGAACCGCAAAGCCAUCGUGGACAAGUUUGGCGGGGCAGCGUCCGGCCCCACGGCCCUGUUCCGGAACACUAAGGCAGCCGGGGCAGCCAUUGGUGGUGUCAAGAACAUGCUCUUGGAGUGGUGCCGAGCCAUGACAAAAAAAUACGAGCACGUGGACAUCCAGAACUUCUCCUCCAGCUGGAGCAGUGGCAUGGCCUUCUGUGCCCUCAUUCACAAGUUCUUCCCCGACGCCUUUGACUACGCAGAGCUGGACCCUGCAAAGCGCCGGCACAACUUCACCCUGGCCUUCUCCACAGCAGAGAAACUGGCUGACUGUGCUCAGCUGCUGGACGUGGAUGACAUGGUACGGUUGGCUGUGCCCGACUCCAAGUGCGUCUACACCUACAUCCAGGAACUGUACCGCAGCCUCGUGCAGAAAGGACUGGUGAAGACCAAGAAGAAGUGAGGAGGUGACUGGCUUUGUGGGCAGAGAUGGGCAGGGUGCCCAGCUCACCAGCCAUGGCCUGGGGGCUCCCUUCUGCUCCAUGGAGGCACCAGAGCCAGGGGCUUAGGCAAGGGUGUGUGGCGUUGGUUUUAACUGCAUUAAAAGUACUUUUGUAAAAUCCUGUCUGGCCCCUCAGUGCUCUCUCCAUACUUGGCCCAGGAACCUCUGCACUCUGGGAUAACAAACUCUGGCCAUAGGGGAUUCCUCACCUGCUGAGGUCUCAAUAACUGUGCAAGGUGUUUGGAAAAGGACAAUGGCCUGGGUCCCACCACUAACCAGCUGUGUGACACAUACAGUUAACCUCUCUGGGCCUCAGUUUACAGUCUGAAAGGGGAUAAUGAGAGUUCCAACCUUAUGAAGGUGUUGCGAGAGUUAAACGAGAUAAUGAAAUGGGCAAAAAGCUUUGCCCAGUCCUGCCACUCAAGUGUUCAGUAAGUGGUCGCCAAAAAUAAAAAACAAACUUACAUUUUGACUCUGGUGGCACUUCUGGUUAUCUUCCCCUCCUUCCACACUUCUUCUCAGGUUAGGGGACUCCAGGGCAGGAGCUGGAGAAGAUUCUCUAGAAACUAGUGGGAUCUGGGUGACUUCCUUGACUCAAAUCACCCCAUAUUCUAUCUCUGAAAAGCCAGCAGUAUUCCAGGAGCUUACAACAAUUGCAACCAGAAAGUUCUUCUUCUGGGUUAAGUUAAUCCCUCUACUUGGCUGAAGUUUUGGCUUGUUUGUUUUUCCAUUGCUCAUGAGAUACAAAUCCCUGAGCUGAUUACAAUUUCCUGCUAACUAUCCAGUCUGGCUUUAUCAGCCAUUUGGGGCAUGUGUGCUGAUGAAAGCAGCUCAUGAAAAAUACAGAAAACAAAACACACCCCAGCCAUAACCCUGGCUCACCUGCAGGGGUGUGGAUUGGCAGAGUGGACCCCAGCAAUCCACUGAAGUGCUCUGUGCCUCAACUGCCUCAUCUUUAAAAUGGGGGUGUUGGCCGGGCA